AUGGAAGAAUUUCAUAAUCAAAUAAAUCAAUUACGUAUAAAUUCUCAACAAAUUGAAAAUUUUGAUAUAAGUUAUUUUGUUAAUGAAAUUGAACAAAUUGAUCAACAAUUGAAAUUUUCACAAGAAUUUCUUCUUAAAGAAAUUCAACGUUUAAAAAAAGAUUUAGAUAUAAAUUAUACGAAACUUAAUUAUGCUAAUGAACUUCGUGCAAUUGAUCAAGUAACAUUAACAACAUUUAAAACUAAAUUUCAAGACUUAAAAAAAUUACUUGUUGAUGUUAAAAAUAAAGAAAUAAAUGCAUGGCAUAUCAUUCAGAUUCUUCGAGUAAAUACUUCACGUCUAUGGCAUAUCUUAGAAAUAGCAAUAGGCACUACAAUAACUGAUAAAUUGUUAAAUGAAGAUUUAGAAAAAUUUCUUAAUCUAAUUCAAAUCGAAAAAGAUGAACAAACAAAAUGUUUAAAUUUAUUAGAAAAAGAACAUGGUAAUUUAUUAAUUAAAAUGAAAGAAAUUCAAUUAUUACUUGAAAAUUUUCGUACAUCAAUAUUACAAAUAAUACAAAAUAUAAAUGAAAUAAAAUUAAAAAUAAAUAAUCAACAAUAUAUUAAUGAUUAUAUUUAUGAACAAUCAUCAAAACGAAUAAAUAAUUUAAUUUUAAAUAUAAAAGAUGUUCAAAUUUUAUUUGAUGAUUAUAAAUAUCUUAUUAAUGAAAUUCAUAAUAUAUUAAAAUUAAUUUUUCAUAUACAAACACAAAUUGAAAUACAUCAUAAAACAAUAUUUAUUUAUCAAAUUAAUUUAAAAAAAUAUAAACAAAAUUUAACAUUAAUUAUAUUAAAACGAAUUAAUUAUGAAAAACAAAUAAUAAAUUUAGAAAAAAUAAUUGAUCAACAAAAUCAAAAUUUAAAACAAUUAAAAAAUCAACAAAUACAUAUUAUUAAAUAUCGUCAAGAACUUUAUCAAAAUAUUAAUAUUUUUGAAAUAGAAAAAAAUCAAAUAUUAAAUAAACAACAACAAUUAAUUGAUAUAAUUAAACAAUCAAAUUUAAAAAAAAAAUUAUUAGAAAAAAAUAUUUUUCAUUCAAAUCAUUCUAUUUUAAAUUUACAAUAUUCAUAUAGAAAAUUAUUUAAAAAUCAUAAUAAACAACAAAAUAUUACAAAUAAUUUACAAAAAACAAUUCAAGCAAAUGAACAACGUUUACAAAUAACAAAAAUUGAAAUAAAUAAAUUAAAUAAUCAAGUAAAACAACAAAAUCAUCUAAUAAAUAAUAAUGAAGUUAAAAUUGAUUUACAUACAAAAGAAUUACAAGAUCUUGAAAAUAGUUUAUUAACAAUACAUGAAGAAUUAAAUGAUCAACAAACAAAAGUUAAUGAAAGUAAAACUAAAGUUAAAUUACUCAAACAAAAAAUACAUAAAAUUAUUGGUGAUGAAAAACCAUUAGUAAAAGAAAUUUCAUAUUAUCAAAAACAAGUUAAACAAAAUGAAAUAAAUUCUAAUCAAAUUGAUUUAAAUUUAAAACAAAAUGAAGAUAAAAUUAAUCAAUAUAAAACAAUUAUUAAAAAAUUAAUAUUAGAUUCAAAACAAUAUGAUCAUAGUCUUAUACAAGAAAAUUUAUUAUUAGAACAAUAUUAUCAUCAAAUAGAAAAAUCAAAAGAUAAUAUAAAAAUUUUAAAUAAAAAUUUAAAACAUUCGGAAUAUAAUUAUCAAAUAUUGAAAGAAAUAUUUUAUUAUACGGAAAAUGAAAAUAAAUUAUUAAAAUAUCAAUAUGAAAAUUUAACUUUUGUAGUACAAUUACUUGGACAUAGACAAGCAAUACGAAAUAAUCAAUUAGAACCAUUAUAUAAAACAAUAAAACAUCUUACUACACAACAUCUUAAACAAAAUAAAAUAAUCGAACAAUCAAAAUCAGAUCUUAAUAUUUUACAUAAAUAUUAUUGUUAUUUACAAUCAUAUAAUCAACAAUUACAACAAUUAAUUUCAUUUAAAUCUCUCGAACAUAAUGAAUAUCUUAAUUCACAAAGUACUUCAAAUCGAUGUACUAAUUUUCAAAAUCAACUUAGAUUAGAAAUGAAAAAAAAUUUUAAUCAUAUACAUUAUUGGCAUAUAUUUAUGAUAAGUGCACCAGAUAAAUUUAAUAAUAUAUCAAAAUUAUUUUUAUUAAAAAAAAAAUUUGUUCAUAAAACAAAUGAACUUAUAAAUUUAAAAAAGAUCUUCUAUGAAAAAGAAACUUUAUAUCGUUAUGUAAAUAAUAUUUAUAUACGAAGACAAAAACUUCAUGAAAAAAUUAAUGUAUUCAAAAAUGAGUUUAUUAAUAAAAAAAAAAAAAGGAUAUUGUGAAAUAAAGUAAACUUAAUUUGAGAAUUGUUAAAUUUUCAUAAGAGAAAAAGAAAAAUAAUUUUAAAUGCUUACUACUGUCUAUUGUGUAAUAGUCUGAAUAAUUGUUUAAACAAUAUCAUUCUACAAAAUUACGAUUUGAAAUCGAGAAAGAAGUACUGAGUAGAAAAAUAGCCAUGUUAUCGCGUUAAAUGACGUAUAUUUUAAUGCCUCACAUGUAAAGCAAUUUUUAGUAUUAUUUAUGAUCGUUUUACAUCAUUAUCAUAUUUACCAUUUAUAGGCAUUUUUAUCCCUGUCUAAUUCAUCGAUUAAUUUACAUCAUAUUAAUUGAUUGUUUAAACUGUUAUCUUGUUAAAUAAUAUGUUGAAAUUAAUUGAAAAUAUAUAAACGCUUGGAGUUAAUUUAUAAGUCUAAAUCUUGAUUAUACGAUAGACAAAGAAAUGAUAUCGAUCAUUUUCAAAGGUAGGACUUGAUUAAAAAAAAAAACGUCUUAUAAAUUAAAUUAUUUUUGGUUUGAUUUACAUUAAUAACUAUUAGAUUUUCUCAUUUAUAUAGACUGAAACAUAUCGAUUGAAUUGGUUAUCCUAGUCUUUUGCUAAUGAGAUAUUAUAAUUCAAUGUCCUCCUUACAACUACAAGAAGAUACAAGAAAAAGCAAAAUUAGGUGAAAAAAUUGGACUGGAUAAAAAUCUAGUAUCUUCAUAAUUUACAAUUAAUUCGAACUAUCUUUUGCUAUCUGCUUAACUUAUUUCAUAUUGAUGCCAAAGUUUAUUUUUUCUCAAAUAUAAAUCUCCUUCAAUAUUUUCAUUUGAUCUUUUUUCCUUUUUUUUUUGAAGUUUACAAAGUACACGAAUUUCUUCUUGUAUUGUGAUUGAAUUUACCACAUAGUCGAUUGUUAAAAAGCAAGAUUUGAAAUUAAUAGAUUGAAUUUAUCACCUUCAUUAAGAGAUCGAUUGCUCUGUUUUCGACUAAAUAUGCUCGAAUUUUAUGCUUGACUUGAAAAAAAAAACAAAUCAAAUAGUGUUUUUCGUGCAUCAAGCAAACGAUUUGAUUCGACAUACACACACACUGUACAUAGGUGAUUUCAUUUUCUUCUCUUUUUCUUUCUUCAUUUUUUGUAUCAUUACAGACAAAUCAUGUCAUGUUUUAUCUCUUAUUCUGUCACAUGACUAAUUACUUGUUUUAUAAAUCUCUUUCUUUUUUCUUCUCAUUGUUUUUCACCUGUAGUUAUUAGCAUGAAAUAGGAAAAUGUCCGUUCCCUGUUUUGAUUGUAAUCUGAUUCAUACAAGACGAAUUGAUUUUGUAUAUAAUAGUCUGCAUGUUUGAAUUUAUUUCGUACAUCAUCGAACGUCGCAAGAUACAAGGUAAACAUGAUUUUCGAGUGUCUUAUGAAGUAAUCAUUGUGGUCAUGACAUUUGAUGGAUAAAUACUUUACUUAUAUUUUGUUUUUGUUUUAUUUUGUUACUUUGGACAGAUUUGUCUGGCAUCAAGUGUUGUAUUCUAUUUUUGUAGUGAAUUGAACGAGCUUAGUUUAUAGAUAUUGUUAAUAAAUAAUAUCUAAAUGUUCGUUUAUAUAGUCAAUAUCUAUCUUUAAAUGAAACAUCAUUUGUUAGAAACGCUCACACUAUUUUAACUAAUAGAACUACUAUGAUAGUGACAAUACAAACGAGUAUUCGCAUAGUAAUACUCGUUUUAUUCUUCGUGAUAUUCAGUAUUUGAUAUAUUUUGCUAUCAAAUAAACACUUGAAAGUAAGAGAUAUUGACUGUAAACAAAUAUUGAUCUUUUACCAUUUCCAAAAUAUAUUCCAGAUAAUUACAUGUAUUUCUAUAAUUAGAUGAAGAAACAAGAAAACCUAAUUUUGUACAGUUGAACCUUAAUUUGAUAAGAUCAGUUUCUUACCAUAUCAAUGAUGUCGUUGAUGUAUUUAUAAAUAUAUUUAUUUUCUUUUGUUCUGUUGAACUGUGUUCGAAAUAUAUGAAUGAACAUUUGAAAUCUUUAAUUUCACACGAUGUAAAGAAUAUGAUAAGUGAAUUUGUCAUUCUUGUCUUUAGGGUCCAUCGGGUCCAAAUCGAGAAAAAACUUUUUGAUGGAUAUGAUGAUAUUUUAUAAAUUUUUUAAAAGUACAUUAAGAGAUUCAAGAGUACCACUCAACUCCAGACCCACACAAGAAUGAAACAAUCAGGUUCAACUCGAGAAAUUCUCGUACCUAAUAUGUCCUACUUUGUCUAACAUCUGCUGUUUGAUAGUUUUAUUUGAGGAAGAAAUGAAUAGUUUCAUAGUUUCUAGAACUACAAGUAUUUCAUAUUCGUUAUCAUCUAUUGCUCCUAUGGCAAAGGAUAGAGAAUUGAUAGAUUCAAUGUACCAAAAUGAUUAUGCUACUCUUCUUUUAUAUAGAUCUUUGUUGAGAAAUCUGAUCAAACAAUUGAUUUUUUUUUGAAAUGUAUGCAACCUCAUCUUCUAUUUAAUGUCAAAGUCGGAGCUUUUUGCUUUUCUAUAGUUUUACUAAAUGAAUAAUAUAAAACAAGUGUAUCAUUGAGUUUCUUCACAGUAGCAAAUGCGAGUUACUUCUAGCAGUUAAGCAUUGAAAUAUCAUUAGAUAAACUCAAUGCAUAUUUCUAUUAUCCAAACAUAACAUUGAGCUAGAAAAUAAAAAUUAAACAAAAUAAAUUCUUAAAUAUUGUCUCUCUUGUUAAUGAUAGAAGAAAUACAAGAUUUACUGACAAAAAAAAACAAUCAGUCAAAGAGAAAACAUUUUCAUCCUCAAAUUAUUUGUUUCUAGUUCUCUUAUGUAUGUCUCAUAUUAUUAUGAUGCAUAAAAUUCAGUACUUUACUUUUUUUUUUGAAUUAACACUAUGAUACAUUAUUUACUUCAUAACUAGAUUGAAAAGAUUUUUCUAUAGUUUUCAGUAUUUAUUUAC